CACGUGUCCCAGCAGUGCCAGUCAGUCAGUCAGUGGGUGCCAACUGCACGGGGAGGACGAAGGGCCCUUUCACUCGAGCCCAGUGUGUGAAAUAGGACCUUUUCUAUGUAGAUUUGGAAGCACAUUACAUACGAAUAUACAUGCGCGCCAUAAGCUGCAUUCGACCAUGGAGACUACUGUGCUGAGGAUCUUCCAUUACGUGGCCCUUUUGUCUUCUGCGAGCAGUUUGAGGAUUCACCUGCGAGACUCACCUGAGCGACUGGAACCUGAACUUGAGAAUCGGAUCCUCUCUCACAGACUGAACCAACCAUCCGGGUCCUACCGCGUGUUGCGAAGCCUCCCGCAGCGCUCCGGGCGGGCGGCGGACGAUGCCGCGGGCGUGGGCGGGGCAGCCUUCGAACUCACGCUGCCGAUCGACGGGUCCGAGGUCCACCUUGAACUCGAGCCGAUUGAUAUUGCUUCUCCGGGACUGACGCUGAGAGCAACGCCGAGAAGAGAUGGGACCACGCCCUCCUCCUCUCCGGCCUGGACCUGUGGAACGAGAAGCCGGCGCAGAACUCUACGGUGGGUCUCGCCUACGUCGGCGGGAUGUGCUCCUCGAAGGUCUCGUGCACCAUCAGCGAGGGCACGUCCUUCGCCGCGGCCUACAUUGCGGCGCACGAGAUCGGCCACAACCUGGACAUGCGCCACGACGGGGACUCGGACGCGUGGCUGUGCAAAGGGAAUCAGUUCCUCAUGUCCUCGGUCAUGUCCUCGGGAGCAACGACGUGGUCCUCGUGCUCCAGGAACGCGCUCGCGGGGUUCAUCUCUUCCGGGAGCGGCAGAUGCUUGACCUCCACCAAAGAGCUGAAUGACCCCAGGAAUGGUCACAGCGGGAAACUGCCAGGGAAGAGGUUCGGUGCCAGCGAGCAGUGCCGCUACAUGUACGGCCAGGGAUGGGAUUUCUUCUCGUCUCCUGAGAGCCCCUUCAAUAACGUCUGCAAGGAGAUCUGGUGCCGCAACGGAGGCAGGCUCAGAACGCCCUCUGCCUCGGCUCUCGAAGGAACGCCCUGUGGUCCCCUGAAGAUCUGCAUUGCCGAUGAGUGCGUGACAGACGAUCAGACCGACAGCCAAGGGGAGGAUGACGGGGAAAAAGGAGACUUUGAUUUGGAAAUUAAUGAGAGUUCGGGCAAUGAAACUUGCAGGUCGAAGGAAGAGGACUGCAACAUGUUCUCGGGUUUUCUCGGGUCGAUGCUGGGGACGAGCUUUAGUAGUGUUUUCAACAGUAUCUUCCAGAGCAUGGGCAUGUGUGAUGAUAUUUGCGAGGAAUAAACGCCAUGAAGUCCAUACCAAUGUGGAUCACACACACAUACAGAAACACAAAGACACACACAUGUACACACACACACACACACACACACACACACACACACACACACACACACACACACACACACACACACACACACA